AUGAGCCCACCACUCACUCUUCCCACGCCGGCCGCCGUGACCAAGAUCCUGGUCAUCGGAGGCUCCUACGCUGGCCUCUCCGCCACCGUCAACCUUCUCGACCUGGGCAACCACCUCAAGCCUAGGCUUGCCUACCCGAAUUAUAAGCACACUCCUGAUGCGCCGCGGACGCCUGUUGAUAUCACAAUCGUAGAUGAACGAGAUGGCUUCUUCCAUCUCAUAGGCUCACCUCUCGCAUUCGCGUCCACCGACUACGCUUCCCAGUCCUGGGUUCGCUUCCAGGACAUCCCGGCCCUGCAAGUUCCCAACGUACGCUUUGUGCAGGGCAGCGUUACGGAAGUCGAUUGCGCCGCGAAGAAGGCUAGCAUCCUGAACCAGACCACUAAGCAGAUCUCUGUGGAGGAUUAUGAUUUCCUCGUUGCAGCUCCCGGUCUGAGGAGGCCAUACCCUGUUGUGCCUCAGUCGUUGAACAGGAAGCAGUUCCUCAUUGAGGCGGAGGAGCAUGUUCACGCUGUUUCGAACGCCACCCACGGUGUGGUUGUUGUCGGUGGUGGAGCCGUCGGCAUUGAGAUGGCCGCUGAGCUCAAGGUCACCCAACCCGACUUGAAGGUCACCCUCAUCCACUCUCGUGAUAAGCUUCUCUCUUCCGAGGAUCUUUCCGAUGAGGCCAAAGACUGUGCUCUCGACCUCAUCAAGGAGACGGGCGUUGAGGUCAUCCUCGGCAAGCGUCUCAAGGACACAAAGGCCGAAGUCAAGGAUGGCAUCAAGAAGAUUGAAAUUGAGCUGAGCGACGGCUCUAAGUUGAUUGCCAGUGAAGUCCUCAUGGCAAUCUCCAACCCCGUUCCCUCGAGCAAGUUCUUCCCCAAGUCUGCUCUUGACGGGGAGGGCUACGUUAACAUCACCCCUCGCCUCCAACUUAAGGAAGGGACCCCCAAUCCCACCUCCCACUUCGCCGUCGGUGACGUCGUCCACUGGUCCGGAAUUAAGCGCGCCGGUCGCGCCAUGCACAUGGGCUACUACGCCGCUGUCAACAUCCAUCAAACCAUGCUCUCGCGUGUCAUUCCUGACCAUGAGCCCUUCUUCCAUGAGCUCGAUCCCGUUCCUGCCAUGAUGGGCCUCGCUGUUGGCAAGAAGGCUCUGGCGUGUGGACCCGACGGGAUGUCGUUUGGCGAGGAUGUGAUGGAGGCGUACUUUAGAGACGAUUUGGGCUUUGCGAUUUGCUGGGAGUACAUGAAGCUGUCCGAGGACAAGUGGAAGGACAGGCUUGCUCGUGGGUUACAUUGA